AUGGUGUCGGCUAAGAAAUUCUAUCUCACUAGCCUUAGGGAGUGUUUCAUAUUUUUCGAUUGGUUAAACACCCAAAAGAAGAAUAUACACGCCCAAAUUGCCCAGGAUCUGUAUAAACGUAUAAAUAAGUAUAAUAAGGCGGUCGAAUCAAACAGUAUUAAAGCAUCGCUGUCCACUUUCCUCUCGAACGUAGAUAAGUUUUAUAGAAUAUUGGUAAGUGACGGCAUCCCUGAAAAAUUGCUUCGAACAACAAACUCAAUUAAUAGCGACGCAACAACGGAGGAAAUUGUGGACGCUCUUCUCGAGUGUAUUCCUAAAUUCCUCGCCGCGAUGUACUAUCUUUGGUACGAUGUGAAUGCCACUUUCGAGGAGCUUGGCGGCGGUGGUUGGAAGUUAAAUUAUCCAGGGGCCUUAUAUGGUAGUUACUAUAGUUCAAGCGGAGGCGAUCUCGACAAUUACCUCCAUGCGAAGAACGGCAGCAACUACGGUGGCAUGAUACCCGGAGGAUUCAACCCCACCGAAGUGAGGUAUGGCUAUUGGUACAGUGGCUACCGUCAGGGAUAUCUGAUGGAAGAUGAUAUUAGAAUAAUUCUGGACAAAAAAAAUGACCAGUGUUUUCGUAACGUAUUUCUUACUACGGUUGGCGUCGCAGGCAAGCAGAAGGAAAACGUUGCAAAUGUUCUUGCAUUGGUGGGAACGUUUUGCGACAUUGUGGAAAGGGACAAAGGUGCCGUGAAGAGCGCUUUGGAAAAGCAACUUAAGGAAAUGAAUGGAAAAUGCCUGGAUUGGUCUGCCUUACAAUCUCAUUGCAAAGAGCUAAAGAAAUCCCAAAUACACAGAUUGUUCGCCAGUCAACGCUUUGCGCAUACUGGCCAGUCACUAGAAUCUAGUGAUUCUACAAAGGAAGAAAUUGCGAAAGAUGCGGCAAAGUGGUUGAGAGUGAAUUUGUUGGAAGUUAAGAGCCAUUUGAAUAAAAUUGAUACAAAAGACAAGGUCAUCGACAAUCCCGAUAAGAAGCACCUUGGCGCAUAUUUCACCAACAAUCUUUUCCCAUACGGUUUCUUUUUCGAUGACAACCAUUUCAGAAGGAUGAUUAAAGAUAGGAAGACCUUGAUGCAAAAUUGGCGUAGUGUAAUCAGUAAGUUUGUUGCUAAUGGUGAAGGUUUAGAAAAGUUAAAAACACUUUUGGAAGGUUACAAUUGUCCAGAAGAUACUUAUAAGAAAUCCGAGGGAGCACAGAACCAGGGCAAGAAAUCCGAGGGAGCACAGAACCAGGGCAAGAAAUCCGAGGGAGCACAGAACCAGGGCAAGAAAGCGGAGGGAGCACAGAACCAGGGCAAGAAGGCUGAGGGAGCACAGAACCAGGGCAAGAAGGCUGAGGGAGCACAGAACCAGGGCAAGAAAUCCGAGGGAGCACAGAACCAGGGCAAGAAAUCCGAGGGAGCACAGAACCAGGGCAAGAAAGCGGAGGGAGCACAGAACCAGGGCAAGAAGGCUGAGGGAGCACAGAACCAGGGCAAGAAGGCUGAGGGAGCACAGAACCAGGGCAAGAAAGCGGAGGGAGCACAGAACCAGGGCAAGAAAGCGGAGGGAGCACAGAACCAGGGCAAGAAGGCUGAGGGAGCACAGAACCAGGGCAAGAAGGCUGAGGGAGCACAGAACCAGGGCAAGAAGGCUGAGGGAGCACAGAACCAGGGCAAGAAAUCCGAGGGAGCACAGAACCAGGGCAAGAAAGCGGAGGGCACUCCAAAUCAGCAAACCGCUCAAAAUAGUCGAACGACUUCAAGUUCACUGGGUCCGCAUUCAGAUUCAUCGACAGUGUCCGGUGCUGAUGUAGCUAAAGGUCAACCAGGGGCUAAAGGUGAUCAAGGCGCGAAAGGGCCUCCUGAUACAGGGACUACAAAAUCUUCUACACCUCAACGUGCUGGUAAGCCGCAACAUCCUCCGCCCCAACCGCCGCCAGCGCCUCCCCCCAGUACUCCCGCUGCCCCUAGCCCCGCUGGUCCGACAAGUGACGGGGGUGGAAGGCCAAAUGACAGUGGUGCUCGAAGUCAGAAGCCUGUUGCCUCUAAACCCCCUGCUUCUCCUCCGUCUACAAGUGGUACAAGUCCAGCCCCUCCGUCACUUGCUGUCCCUGGUUCCAGUGGUGGCACGGGGUCUACUUCUGUGCCUGUUAAACCAGGUGUUAAGGGGCAGGGUUCAAUGGUCAGUGUUUCUCCAGCGCAACAACCUGGUGCGUCUUCACAGAAUGUUAUCACUCAGUCUCCAACUGCUCAAUCUCCUGGCCCUCGGUCAUCUGGUGUCUCUGCUCCCGAUGGUGGUCAGAACUUGGGUAGCUCGGCGGGUUCUGCUGUCCCUGGUCCAACAGGUGAUCAAGGUAAACCGCAGAAUUCCACUGCCGCUAUUACUACGCCAUCCACUGGCUCGGGCGCUGGUUCGGGCGGCGGUGGAGGGGAUGGCGGUAGUAAUGGGAAGGGGACUGGUAAUUCUCAAACUCAGAUAAAUUGCCCUCAGGGCCAGUCACUUAUGAGUCUAUGGCCCAAUGGCUCCAAGUUCUGCGUCCCUACAAAUGACUUUAAUGACCAUGAAAAAACCUAUACCGUAUGGGACAAUGUCAAAAAAUCGCAUGAUAAGGACAUUCAAAAGACUGUAGAGAGAAAUCGACAGAAACAAAAUUCACAAUUGCGAUAUCCUCCCAGACGCCAAACAAGGCCUGACAAUCUUAAUGCCGUACCACCAACUCAUUCUAACAGUCUCCACCCUGCUCAACACCAGCCCAUUGAUCCACUAAGAAGGGAUGACGGGCGGGGAGGCACAGGCGCUCCGCAUAUUCCGUCUAUUGACGUUUCCGUUGGUGGAGAAGCAAUUCAGCCGACGAAAUCAAAUCAUUUCGCUGCGAAGGACUUCACUAAAUUGCCGGGUCUCCGUGGCCAGGCUAUGCGUGAUUUGGAUUAUGAGCAGGAUCAAGUGUACAACGAGUUGUUAUUUGACGAGAUAGCAGCACAAACGAAAUUGCAGAAAAAUUUGGAAAAAGAAAAAUUGGAGAGAUCGGAGGAAGAGAAUAUAAGGGCCCAUAAAUAUCAAGUAGAAGGCAUCGAACGGCAAUUAGAAGAGCACAAAAAACAAGUAGCAGAUGUUAAAUUAAGUUAUCUCAUCUUAUAG